AUGAGGCUGUCGGCGUCUCGAAAAGCAGCACUCUCUGCGCUUGCAGUAGCGCUAGCUCUACCAUCACAAGUCUCAGCGUGGUAUCUGCCAGGCAGCGCUCCUCGCUCCUACAAGCAGGGCGAUGAGGUGCCCUUCUCAGUCAAUGCUUUGCAGGCCAAGGCGUUCACAUCACAGAUCAAAGGCGUCAUCAAGUACGACUACUACGACCCGCAUUUCCAAUUCUGCGCACCCGAAGGAGGUCCCGAAGCAAUCAGCGAGAAUCUCGGAAGCGUCCUCUUUGGCGAUCGCAUCUACAGCAGUCCGGUCAAGGGCGUCAUGCUCAAAGAUGAGGUCUGUAAGGAGCUGUGCCGCACCACCAUCAGUCCGGAGAACGCCGCGUUCAUCAAUGACAGGAUACGAGAAGAGUACGCAAUCAACUGGAUGGUCGACGGCCUCCCCGUCGCCGAAUCGCGUAGGGAAGUCAAGACUCGCGAGGAGUUCUUGUCUCUCGGGUUCGCACUCGGAAGUACAGAGGACGAGCACUUCCGUCCCUAUGACCCACCAGCAUUGCACAAUCACUACGACAUCUACAUCGACUACCACCAGCGUGGCCCGGACGAGUACCGUGUCGUCGGCGCACGCAUCUACCCGCUCUCCAAGGACUCCCUCAAGAGUAUCGCCACUUCUCAAACACCCAACUGUGCUGCAGCUGAUCCAGUACAGCUCAGCAAUUCCAGUUCGACCGCCGUCGCCUACACCUACAGCAUACGAUGGCGAGAGUCGCAGACUCCCUGGGCGACCCGCUGGGAUGCCUAUCUCAAGGUAUUCGAUCCCCGAAUCCACUGGCUCGCGCUCAUCAACUCGGUGGUCAUCGUCAGCUUCCUCUGCAUGAUGGUUGGCAUCGUCGUCGCUCGCUCCAUCAGCCGCGACAUCCACCGCUACAACGCCAUCGACAUGACAGAGGACGUGCAGGAAGACUUUGGCUGGAAGCUUGUUCACGGAGAAGUGUUUCGUCCACCCAAUCGACCUAUGCUGCUCUCUAUCCUCGUUGGCUCUGGCUCGCAGCUGGUGGCCAUGGCAGCCGUCACGCUCGUAUUUGCGCUGCUCGGCUUCCUGAGCCCGUCGAAUAGAGGCUCGCUCGCCACCGUCAUGAUCGUCACCUGGACGCUUUUCGGCAGUAUCGCAGGAUUCAUGUCGAGCAAGGUCUACGCAAGCUUGGGAGGAGAAUACUGGAAGCAGAACAUCAUACUGACGGCGAUGCUCUUCCCCAGCUUGGUCUUCUCCAUGGUCCUGCUGCUCAACUUUUUCCUGAUCUUUAGCGGCUCGUCCGGCGCUGUGCCGUUCGGAACGUUGCUCGCACUCGUCGCCCUUUGGUUCCUCAUCAAUGUGCCGCUCACCAUGAUCGGUGCGAUGCUCGGCAUUCGAGCAGGAGGAUUCUCGCAUCCCGUCAAGGCCAACUCGAUUCCUCGCCAGAUCCCGUAUCAGCAGACGUGGUACCUUCGACCCUUUCCCUCUGCUCUGAUCUCGGGCAUGCUCAUCUUUGCUUCGGCCUUCCUCGAGAUCCUUUUCAUCCUCAACUCGAUGUUUGGGACCAAAAUCUACUAUGCGUUCGGCUUUCUCACGCUUGCCUUUGUCAUCACAGCUACGACCGCUGCUACGGUGACCAUCUUGUUUGCAUACUUCCACUUGUGCGCAGAAGAUUACCGUUGGCAUUGGAGAGCGUUCAUGACGGGAGGAUCUGGUGCCAUCUGGUUCUUUGCAUACGGUCUCUUCUUCUGGGCGACGCGUCUGGAGCUGCCGGGCUUGGCCAACAAGGUCUUGUUCCUGGGGUAUCUUUCGAUCCUCUCGCUAUUGUUCUUCACUCUGUUCGGGGCGGUGGGAUUCCUGGCAACGUAUGCGUCGCUGAGGAAGAUCUAUUCGGCUAUUCGUGUAGAUUGA